UUCAGGACAUUAUUGAAGGUUCUAGAUUUUGGUGGGAAGUUCUCCUUGAUUCUUUCCCAAAUUCUAUACAUGUACAUUAUACCACAUAUUUUGAUAUUCUCGCUUGAAUAGACGUCACUUUAGAAUUUGGUGUGCUCCGAGUGACUUUUACUUGCUAGUACAAGGUGUCUUUGAAAUUGCCAAUGUUUUAAUAUUUGCAGCUAUCUGAAAUACUUAUCAUCUAAUACAUUUUUCGAGCUUCAUAUUGGUGAGGAAUGUGACGUCAUAUUCUCUGGGUUUGCAAAUGCAUCUGUCAAAUCAAUUUGUUUUCCCUCUAUUAGUGCUUUCUCAAUGUUUUAUGCCUAAUUUGCUAGGGUCUCGAACAGCUUCGCUCUGGAUUUCUUCAGCCGCAAAAGUCAUUCAUUCAGGGCCCUCAGCCCUUUCAUCAACUACAAAUGCUAGCGCCCCAGCAUCAACAGCAGGUCCUUCUUGCGCAGCAGAAUUUGACUUCUCCAUCUGCCAGUGAUGCGGAUAGCAGAAGGCUGAGAAUGCUUUUUAAUAACCGAAGUAUGUCUAUGGGGAAGGAGGGCCUUUCGAAUUCGGUUGGGGAUGUAGUUCCUAAUAUGGGAUCACCCAUGCAAGCCAGUGGCCCUGUUUUUUCUCGUGCAGAUCAGGAAAUGUUAUUAAAGAUUAAAAUGGCCCAACAAUUACAGCAGCAGCAGCAGAAUAUCAAUCAAACACAGCAGCAACAUGCGCUUUCUGGUCAGCAACCUCAGAGUUCGAAUCACAGUCUCCAGCAAGAUAAAAUGAUGGGUAUUGGCAGCGUCGGUGGAGAUGGAAGCGUCUCAAACUCCUUUCGUGGAAAUGAUCAGGUCAAUCCUUAUCCAUCUUGUUUAAAGGAACUGCUCUUCCUAAUCCUUGGAUGGUGGAUUUACUAUUCAUUUUAUGUGAAUGAAUAAAUGUGCACCGACAGACCUGUGUUGGGGCGGGGGGUGGGAACUUGUGGAUCCUCUUGAAUUAUCCAAGCGCUGCUACAAUAAAUUGCAUUAUUUUGCCGAAUAUUGCCUUAUGCCCUGCAACCUUUUUUAUCUGUUAAAACUUCUUGAAAUUCUCUUGUUUAUCUAAAACUUAGUUUGAAUGCAACGUUGGCAAAUUCACGCUCAGUAAUUGAUGGAACUUUUUUAAAUUCUUGGCAUUGUUUUACUGGUUAUUAGUUUUGGAGGCAUGUAAUUAGGAAGUUUUAUAUAGCUCUUGUCAUCUCAAUAUGGACUCUAAAGGUUAUAUCUCUUUUGAAUGCAUAAAAGUAUCAGAGGAAUAUUGUUCACUUGGUCACUGGCAAAUACUGACCACAAAUAUGAUGUUUAUCAAUUUAAGACGAGUACCAUGUUAGCUGUAGUUCUAUAAAUGAAACUGAAUAUCAUUUGACUUAUUAAAUGUGUAGAUUUCUUUUGUUUUCUGUUUAAUCAUGUUAGUACUGCGUCCAAGGAACUUGCUAGUCCAUGCUGUGAGUUCCCCCACCAAAUUUGUAACCCACAUUUUAGAGAAUUUAGGUUGACCUGAAUGUCAGGAUACCGUAAAGAGGGUAUGGUAUAAUUAAUGCAUGAAGAAUAAUACAAUUCAUUGUUUUGAAUUGUCACCUUCUGGUUUAUGAGACUUGUUCCUGUCAUUUACCCCAGCCAAAGCACCAUGUUGGUGGGUCAUUGUUGGCAAGAAAUAUUAAAUAAAAAAUAUUUAAGUAGAAAAAUAUAUUUAAGACAGGAACCAAAGAGAACUUGCUUGUUCCAUGACGAAAGAGCAAGUUAUGGUUCUUCAAAACUCAUAACUGGAUUGUUAUGUUUAGUUCUUGGUUUCCUAUUACAGAACUGAAAUUCUCUUGUAAAACCAAAUUCUAAUGUAUGGUUCAUUUUGCCAACCAUAAUAAAUAUAAAAGCUGAGAACAGCUAAAUGUAAAUCCAAACCCAGAACCUUCUACUCUAUAUUCUUCAUAUGUUAGUUGGCCACAGACCUGCAAUCCUGAAUGAUGCCAUCCAUUAAAAACUACCGAAAUCCAAAUCUUCAUCAGCGUCAGUCUUCCUCAUAUUUAUGAAGACGAAUUCUUUUCUUGAGCCUAUCGUUCUCGGAAAACCCACAUCUUUCUUUCUAUACGAAAUGAGUUUGACCUUUUUUCGGCAGAUCAACUAACGAUCAGAGAUAUGCUCCACAAGCAUUCAUGGCAACUUGAUCAACUUUCCUUUUAUUUAUGGAUGAAUCCUAUUGCAUCUAAUAGAUAAGUUAUCAAGCUGUGAACAUAGUGAAGGCCUUCACAAAUUCAAGUUGCCAUCGCCGAAAACUAAUUUUCCAAGACAUGUUUCAAUCUUUAGUUAACUUUUCCUUUAUAUUCUUUUUCUCUAUAUGUCCACAUUGUCAUCCAAAUCCUACCCAUAAUUGAGGGUCGACCCGCAAAUGAAGUUUGAAAAAUCAAAAUUUCCUUUUGCUUCAAAUCCGACCGAAGUUCUUAUGUUUGUUACAUUAUUUGCUCUAAAGUACACAUAUUUAAUUGCAUAAUAUCCUGAGUGAUUUUUUUGCAAACAAAUCAUUUUUUUAUGUUAAUAAAUUCACACAACACUAUAUGUAUAUACUCGAAAGAAUUGGGUCCGACCUCUCUAGGCAGUGGCGGCCGGAUUCAUAUUCCCCUUUGAUGUUUGGUUCUGUGUGUAAAGUAUCUAAUCAAGAGCAAUUUGGUACAAUUCUCUUCUGAAUUCUAUGAAGCACUGAAACUCAUGCUAUGGCAGUAUGCUCGUUUCCAACAUGUGGAGUGUCAUGUUGAACACCGACAUUCCAAGAAUAGUGUGCCUGAAAUCUGUAGAACUAGACUGAAUUCAAAGAGAAUUGGCCUAUUGAGAUGAGUUCCAUGAAAAAAGAGCACGUUUUGGUUCCUUAGAACCAAUAACUUGAUUGUUGUGUUCAAUUCUCGAUUUUCCAUUGGACAACUGAAAUUCUCUUGCAAUAUCAAAUAGUUAACUUAUGAGGAAUGCAUUAAGCCGCCUACAUAUAAAAGCUAAAAACACCAAAAUCUCUUCAUUUUAGCCACAGCCAAACCUAGAAUGCCAUCGACCCAUUGUCAUUUAAAUGUAGUUUUAUUUACCAAUGAAACCUAUUGUAUCUAUGAACAAGUUAUACACGUGCAAAAGAUAUUGAAGGCCUUCACAAAUCCAAGUUGCCAUAGCAAAGAGUUUGAUUUUCCAAUAAAUGGUUCACAAUUUUUAGUUAAGCCUUCCUUUAUAUUCUGUAUCUCCAUCAAUCCACCCUCUCAUCCCAAGUCCUAUCAUUAAUUGAAAGUCUACUCGCAAAUAAAGUUUGAAAAAUUUAAAUUUCCUUUUUCUCCAAAUCCGACCAAGUUUCUUAUGUUUUUUACAUUAUUUACUCUGAAUGAGAUAAAAAUGUAUACAUAUUUUAUGUACUUUAACAAUUUCUUGAACAAUUUGUUUUUUGGGAAACAAAUCAUUUAUUUUUAUUAUUCAAUUCACAUUGCACGAGAAUGUAUCUAUUUAAUAAAAUUAGAUCGUGCAUGACUUGCCACUGCCAGCUGAUUCUUAUCCCCAUU